AUGGUCAACUCAAUCCCCAGACACCCUCCCUCCAGUGUCUUUGGGGAAACCACCCGCCUGCAAACAUCCCGCUCCAACAACAACACCUACAUACCCAUCAAGGCAAACCCUGGCCGUGCUACAUACCCGCCCCCUCUCUCGUCUCGCUCUGCUUCCAAACAAGCCCUCGACUUCCCGAGCCGACAAUCCUCCCGGGACGUGGCGAGUACCGUAUCGCUCUCCAUCGUGUUCGUCUCGUCCCGUGCCAGUCCGCUUUUGUUUUCCCCCGAAGUUAGGGGUGUUCAGAUGGAGGGAGGGAGGGAGUUGUACGUUGUAGACGACGACGAGGAGGAAGAGGAGGAAGAGGAGGAGGAGGAGGAGGAGGGAUGGAGGCACAGCUAG